AGGAAGACGAUGGUGAAUUUCAGUCAGGUUUCCCACUUCACUCUGGGAGCCUACAUUGACCCUGGGCCUUUGCGGUGGUUGUAUUUUGUCAUUAUAUUGUCUGUGUAUGUUCUGAUAUUGCUUUCCAAUCUGCUCCUCAUCAUUAUCAUAUGUCUGAACAGGACUCUACACGAGCCUAUGUACAUUUUUCUCUGUAGUUUAUUCAUGAACGAGCUUUACGGCAGCACAGCGUUGUUCCCAUUGCUGCUGUAUCAGAUCCCCGUAGACGUCCACACUGUUUCACCUCCGUUUUGCUUCAUUCAGAUCUUCUGUAUCUACUCGUACGUUUCUAUUGAGUUUCUGACUUUAGCCAUCAUGUCAUACGAUCGUUUCCUGUCCAUCUGCUUCCCUCUACAGUACAGCACCCACAUGAACGUCACUAAAGUCUUCCUGCUUAUAGCUUUUUCCUGGUUCUACCCGUGCGUUUCUAUUCUUCUCCUUAUUAUAUUCAGUAUUCCACUACAGCUGUGCGAUAACGUCAUUCCCAAAGUCUACUGUGAUAACUACUUUAUUGUAAAAAUGGCUUGCUAUGAUACAAAACUUAACAACAUAUAUGGACUCAUAAUUACGUCCGUUAUUGUUCUCGGCCCUUUAGGCAUGAUUUUCUUCACUUACCUUCGUAUUUUGAAGGUUUGUUUUAGGGGGUCCAAGCAGACGCAGCACAAAGCUCUCAACACCUGCGCUCCUCACUUGGCCUCCAUUAUAAAUUUCUCUUUUGGAGUGUGUUUUGAAGUCUUACAGAGCAGGUUCGACUUAAAGAACGUCCAUAAAGUGCUAAAAGUGGUGUUAUCCCUGUAUUUUCUGGCAGUUCAGCCGCUGUUUAACCCUUUAAUGUAUGGACUGAAACUUACCAAAAUCCGAGCGCUUUGUAGGAAUCUGCUGCAUUUCGGUCCCGGUCACCAAUAA